UCCUUCUCGUUCUAGUAGCUUUCUUCCACACGUUCCCUUCCUUCCUUGAGCACCGCCUCCUCAGGGUGCCGUUCGCCUCGAUUCUUGGGAAGUAAGAAGAGAGGGUCUUCCGAGAAGCAGAGAAGGUGUUCGAUCGAUUGUUCAGCCCCGUCCCGUAGGCUCGAUCGUUCGGUGAGAGGCGGUCACCGGGGCGAGAUGGGCGACGGCGACAAAGGCAAUCGGAAGGCCGGAGAGACGUCACAGCAGGGUGCCAGGACGAAGAAGUCCCGGGAUUCUGACGCCGACCUCCCCUCCAGGGACGCCGUCAUGCUCAGCGUCAGCGGAGCCAGCCAGAGCGACAUGGACGACGUCGCAGGGACAACUGAUGGCGUCGGCGUCGUCUCCUCCGUGGACACUUCCCUGACUCUGCUCACCGGAGCUGCUUCAGCAUGGGAGAGGCAGAGAGGUACGCCGCCGCAGCCACAGCCUGUGGCAGCAGAGGAGGAGAAGGUUCAACCGUCGCAGCAGAAUCAAUCACAUAUUCACAUGGGUUGA